UGGAUUCCAUUUCCAACCCGACCCGAGCCCACUCAUGCAAUGGGUUUCCCGGUAAUCGGGUCAUACAGGUCUUUGUGUUCUGUUUGGAUUAUGAGAAAGAAAAACCCCCGAGCGAGUCAAGUGACUUUGUACGUAGAAUCCGUUCUUGAAGAAGAGAAUGGAUUGGAAAGCUGUGUUGUUUCUGCUAUUAUUGUUUAAUCUCCAAAUCCUUUUUUCCUCUGGCAAACCUGAUGGAGUAUGUAUCUCUCCGGGUGGACGCUUUCCUCCAUUCUCCUCUGAAGGGAAACCGCCUAAGAAGGUCAGCAAAGGACCCAAAGAUUUGACCCUUUGCAGGGUGUUCCGCAGAAAGACAUGCUGUGAUGUAUCCCAGACACAUCCUGCUUUGCUGUCUAUCAGGAGGCUGGCUUCAACAGGGGAAGCCAGCCAAGAAUGCUUGCAAUUAUGGGAAUUAUUGGAAUGUUCCAUCUGUGAUCCACAUGUUGGUGUUCAGCCUGGACCUCCGGUUAUAUGUACUUCUCUUUGUGAUAAAGUCUUUCAGGCUUGCUCUAAUGCAUACUUCUCUAUGGAUGCAAAAAGGCAGGUUCUAGCACCUUGUGGAGUAGGCGACUUUGUUUGUGGCAGGGCUUCUGAAUGGAUUUCUAAUGGCACAGACCUCUGCCACGCUGUGGGUUUUUCUGUCAAACCUUCUGAUGCUGGCAUGGAAGAAACAUCUUGUUAUGGUGGGAAAGCCAGUCUAGAUUCCAUUGCUGAUUCUUGGAAGGCUUCUCAAUCUGAGACACCAUCGAAAAUUGAGAACGUAGGUGUUUUAGAUGAUUUUCAGCAGUGGGUGAGGGAAAUGGCAUUUAGCGAAAGAGUUUCUUGGGCAGUGGGAGGAAUGGUUCUUACAGCAGGACUCUUGUUUUUAAGCAAAAGAAAGAGCCAUAACCAGCGCCAGAAGCUAGCAGCCAUUCAGCGCACUGCCAAGAAACUGGAAGCUAAGAUAAAUCAGAAGCAUCCAGUUAGUCAAGGAAAUAGGAGAGGAGGUGGAAGAUGAACGUCUUCUUGUAGGUGCACAUAAUUUUGUGGUGUUAACUUAUAGGUUACUCAGUGAAUUUAUUAUGAACAAAAAAAAUGAUGUAUUUGCUUAAGGAUUGUUUCUUCAAUUUUGGAGCCCUCAAUUAUAAUUUUGAAGCAUUCCCACUAUAGUGCGGAUGAUCCCCUGUAGUCCUAACCAGGUAAAAGUCUAUGGUUAAGCAGGUAAAGAGGUUGGAAACCCCUUUACAUUCCUUCCUCAGAUGGCUUUGAUUUCUACUCUCUUGUAACAGUUCUUCAGCCCUUCUCAUCCGAAUCUCGUAUCUAUUUUUGGGAAGCAUUUUUUGGUGGUUAUAUAGCAAUUCUACUUGUGUUUCUGUUAAGAUCACAUUAAUGUGGUGAAUGUAGUGUUAAAGACUGUUUGUUAA